GAGUUGUGACGUCAUGAGUGCAGCGCCACAUGUAGGUACACCACACACCCAGGACGAUUGACGUUAGUGUGUGCAUCUCAUAAUCAUCAUAGGGUAUUGGCAAGACGACCAAGAUGCUGCGGAACAUUAUAACGAAGACAAUUUUGUGUGACAGUUCACAAACAAGGUGGUGGAGCCUCACCUCGGUAGCUCAUCUACACAAGACUGUGCUUCAUGACUUCCAUGUAGGCAAGGAAGGUAAGAUGGUUGAAUUUGCUGGUUACUCCAUGCCCGUACAGUAUGGCAAGGUUGGCAUAGCAACGUCUCACAAGGAGGUGCGCACUCACUGUGGUCUGUUCGACGUGUCUCACAUGCUGCAGUCUAAGAUCCACGGCCAAGACCGCAUCAAAUUUAUUGAGAAGCUGAUAGUUGGGGACAUAGAAGGUCUGGCAGACAACACUGGCACGUUGUCUCUCUUCACCAACCCUCAGGGCGGCAUCAUCGACGACCUCAUCUGCAGCAAGACUGACCUGGGCUACCUGUAUGUGGUGAGCAACGCCGGGUGUAAGGAGAAGGACUUGGCUCACCUCAAGGAACACUUGUCCUCCUUCAGAGCAGCUGGAGGUGACGCUCAGCUGGAGGUCAUCGAGGAUCAUGGUCUGGUGGCCGUCCAGGGUCCACAAGCUGCACAUAUAUUACAGCCCAUAACAGAGGGAAACCUGGGAGACCUAUACUUCAUGAACACACGGGAGAUGCGUGUGGCUGGCAUCCCAUGUCGAGUAACAAGAUGUGGCUACACUGGAGAAGAUGGUGUCGAGAUCUCCGUUCCAAAUAAUAAGGCAGUUGAGCUGUGUGAGACACUUGUAGGAUUAGGUGUCCACCUGGCAGGUUUGGGUGCUCGAGACUCACUCAGACUGGAAGCAGGACUCUGUCUCUAUGGUAAUGAUAUUGAUGACACCACAACUCCCAUUGAAGGGGGUCUCACAUGGACUAUUGGAAAGAGGCGCAGACAAACUGCAGAUUUUCUUGGAGCAGAGAUAAUCUUACGGCAACUGAAGGAGAAGCCAGAACGUCGUCGAGUUGGCCUCACUUGUAGUGGACCUCCCCCUCGCUCUCACUCUCCUGUCCUUGAUGCUGACGGUAAUCAAAUUGGAGAAGUGACCAGUGGAUGCCCAGCACCAUCACUGGGAAUAAAUGUAGCUAUGGCUUAUGUUCCUGCAGCUUUCGCCAAGGUUGGUACAAAGCUCAGUGUUCAGGUGCGUAAAAAGAAUAUCCCAGCUACAGUGGCAAAAAUGCCUUUCGUCAAGUGCAAUUAUCAUAAUAAAAAAUAGGCUUAUGAUUAUUUAUGCUUCACCCUUAAAAAGUGGUCAACCUUACUGAUAACUUGUAGGACUGUAAUGUUUUCUUUAUGUGGAUUUAUUUUUUUACAAAGGUGAGAAAAAUUACUCAUUAUUCAAUCUGUUUUUUGGGGACCUUUGUCUCAUUUCAUGUAAAUAAAACAUGAUGCAAUUAUAGACAUAGUAAUCACUGAGGUAUGAAGCACAGGUUUACUUCUGUUAUAAAAAAAUAGUGUUUCACAUGAUGGUGCUUCCAUUAAAGUAUUCCAUUGGUCUUUCAGUUGUUAAACGGUACCAUUUUGUUUACCUUGACUCUUUCUAUGAAAUAGUUUGCUCAAGGUUGGUGUUUAUCAUUACCCUGUGUUGUCAGGUUAAACAGUGGAAUUCAGACAGUUCUUCUUUGUUAUUGUUUUAAUUGUAUGUGUGUAAAGACUAUAUUGUUAAUUAAUUUUAUGUAAAGAUUAAUUUAUGUCACGUAACCCCCCCACCCCAAUCUAGCGUUUUGUUUUGAAACCCAUGGUGAAGAAUUUUGGUAAAAUUCCAUGUCGGUGACCGUGAAGCUUGGAGUCAGAACCACCAAAAUUAGGCUAAUCUCCAUGCUUAUGUGUACACAACACCAUAGAUAAAGUUUGGCCAACCUUAACACAGGUUGUUACUCAAAGUCAGAGGUCUUUUUGGGCUGUCUCCCACAUAAUAAUUGGAUUUGUAAUUAAUAUCACAUUAUAUUGAGAAAUCUUUAUUAAUGAAACAUCAAAGAGGGUCCUCAUUAUUACCGAAUUGACCCAUUACAGUAGUCCCUCGGUUUACGAGCACAAUCCGUUCCAGCAGGUUGCUCGUUAACUGAAAAACUCGUUAACCAAAACCAUUGUUUCAAUGGGUUUUUGGGUAAUUGGUUCCAGCUCACCGAAAAUUGCCUAAAUUCAACAAC